AUGCAGAAAGAUAACUCAGAUGUUCAUAAGAAACUGGAGGAGCUCACUUUAAAGAACACUGAUAUCACCAGUCAUUUGACCCAACUAUCUAAUGUGGUCAAUGACAUGCAAGCUAAGAGUGGGGAUAGCAUUCCUUGUAAUACGGUGAUCAAUCCCAAAGCCCUUAAUGCUAUAUUCUUAAAAAGUGGUAGAAAGGUCCACUUUGAGGAUAAAAGGGUAGACAAAGAUGCAUUUGAGCGAGAAAUAGAGAGUUCUUCACUCACCUCUAUGAAGUUGGGAAAAUCUGAAAGUUCCAAGGAGGAGGAACUUCUUAGGAGAAAGAGAUCCCAAGAAAGUAAAGAUGCACAAGAAGAGGAGAACCCUAUGGAAGGGUCGAAAUGUAAGGGUAAGCAGAGGAAAAACAAAGCAGGAACAAGCAUGCAUGGAGCCUUGAGCAAUGAGGGUAAGAAGGUAAAUCUCAAUGAACUCCCUUUUCCUCAAUCUUACUUGCAAGGUAGGACAACUAUUCCUAAGGCUUUACUUGAUUUAGGUGCUGCCAUUAAUGUUAUACCUCGGUCAAUGUUUGAGUCCUUACAAAUCAAAAGUCUUAAACCUACUACCAUGAUGCUCCAGUUAGAUAGGACUGAUAGGACCAUGAGGUACCCACACGGCUUCUUAGAGGAUAUCCUAGUGAAAGUCAAAGACUUAGUUAUCCCUGCUGAUUUUUAUGUCUUGGAUAUGCCUAAUGAACAAGGUGGGGAUGGGACCUUAAUUUUGGGUAGAGCCUUUUUAAGAACUGCUAAUACUAACAUUGACAUGCAAAAGGGGUCUAUCACUAUGUUUGUUGGGGAUAAAUUUGCUUAUUUCAAUAUGUAUGAACAAAUGAAACAACCGCAUGAAGAUUACCCAAUAUGUGAUGUUAAUUUUGUUAAUGGGUUGUUUAUUGAUUAG